AUGGCCCCUUCAUCAACCGCGACAGCGACUGUGACCGACCCGGCCAACCUCCCAGUCAACAACCUCCGCCUGUACGCCGACGGCUCCGGGGAUUACAAGGAGCUCUCACCCACAACCUACGACAAGGACACUGAAGCCAAGGGAGGCGAUGGUCACCAGGGCGCGAAGUACCCUCACUACCUACCCACGUGGAACCCCGAACAACAAUACCCUCCCCUGCAGCCUUUCCAGCAUGUCGAGCACGGCAGAGACGCAGACCCUAGCUAUCCCGAUCUUCUUCCCAAGGACGCACAAGUAACCGACCUCACACCCUCAAUCGGCACAGAAGUCAGAGGCGUUCAACUUAGCACACUCAGCAACGCUGGCCGUGAUCAACUCGCUCGCUUCGUCGCCGAGCGUAAGGUCGUCGCUUUCCGCGCACAGGACUUCGCCGAUCUUCCUAUCGACAAGGCCCUCGAGUUCGGCGGUUACUUUGGUCGUCACCACAUUCACCCGACCUCAGGAUCCCCUGAGAACUUCCCCGAAGUCCAUCUUGUCCACCGUGCCGCAGGUGACAGGUCAGCAGAGAAGUUCUUCGCCACCAGAACCAGCUCUAUCGCGUGGCACUCCGAUGUCUCAUACGAGCAGCAGCCCCCUGGCACAACUUUCCUCUACAUCCUCGACAAGCCUGAGACAGGAGGUGAUACUCUGUUCUGCAAUGCCGCUGAGGCUUAUAACAGACUGAGCCCGCUCUUCCAGGAGAGACUUCACGGCCUUCAGGCUGUCCACUCUGGUAUUGAGCAGGUUGCUGCUUCUGUCAAGAAGGGUAGCAUCAAGCGUCGCGAGCCUGUUGCAAACACUCACCCUAUCGUCCGCACACACCCUGUCACCGGCGAGAAGGCUUUGUUCAUCAACCCUCAAUUCACGCGCGAGAUCGUUGGCCUCAAGAAGGAAGAGUCCGAUGCUCUGCUCAAGUUCCUAUACGAACACAUUGCUUGGGGCGCUGACUUCCAUGCCCGCGUGAAGUGGGAGGAGGGCACUGUAGUUGUUUGGGAUAACCGCGUCACCCAGCAUUCAGCUCUCAUUGACUGGAACAACGGUUCAAGAAGGCACUUGGCUAGAAUCACACCACAGGCUGAGCGGCCAUAUGAGACGCCCUUCAAGGGUUAG